GGAACUGAUAUACCAGAGAUAAAUGAAACCACAGUCACCACAAAAAGAUUUUUUGUGUUUUAAUAUAUUGCCUGUUGCUCAAAAAACAUUCUGAAAAAGCAUUAUGUCUUUUAAAUUAAUCAACUCCAGGGUUCAUGAACAAGCCAGUUGAUUCCAAAUUUAAGUCAUUAUGCUUUAAAUAUGCAUUAAAUGAAUGGAUGUAUACUAAAAUAAUUUUGAUUAUUAUAAUACUUAAUAGAUUUUUUUUUAAACAGUUAAUAUUUAGCUUUGCUAGAGGGGAAGUGCUCUACUUGUGCUUUGGAGGCUGGGUGUGUGUUGAAAUUUUGGUUAAAGUGGGUGGUGCACAUAACUCAGUGAUCACUGAUACACUUCACAAGACAGCGAAACCUCACUGAGAAACUUUUGUCUGUUUUAGAUUUUUCUGAAGUUUGGAAGGACACAUUUUAGCAGGCUAUUCUGUGGGAAAGCAGGCUGCGGUUGUUAACAGAAAAACAUUUCUGCGUGAGAGAAGAAUAUCCAUGGUUUGGUGCGUCUGUGCAGAUCAUGAUGUGAAGCACAGAAUCAUGUCUACACAACUAUCCUCAAGAGAGAUGGCAAAAACGCGAUUAAGUAGACGGAGUCCUCUGGAUUUUGUGUUGUUCCUGGUUCUGCUCCUGGUGUGCCAUCCAGUAACAUCGAUCAACACAACAACUGGCUAUCCUGCCAUCUCAUUAUCUUCAGCCACAAAUUUGACAACAGUUACUGGAGGAACCACAGAUAACAUUACCAGUGCACAUUCACCUACAACUGAAAGGCCCAGUAACUCAUCGACAGUGCCAUUAACAACAAGCCCUUUUACCGUGCUAAAUACAACAAUGAAAACCACAGCCACGUCUUCUAACAUGAGCACAACAAUCCCAGCAAUGACACUUACGACAGAAUUACACAGCACUGAUAAUCGAACCACGGAAACCACACCAUACACAUCCACUGGAAACACAACUUUUUCUGAAACGACUACAAUCUCUGCAUCCACUGGAAACACAACUUUUUCUGAAACGACUACAAUCUCUGCAUCCACUGGAAACACAACUUUUUCUGAAACAACCACAAACUCCACAUCCACUAAAAACACAACUUUUUCUGAAAUGACUACAAUCUCUGCAUCCACUGGAAACACAACUUUUUCUGAAACGACUACAAUCUCUGCAUCCACUGGAAACACAACUUUUUCUGAAACAACCACAAACUCCACAUCCACUAAAAACACAACUUUUUCUGAAAUGACUACAAUCUCCACAUUCACUGAAAACACGACAACCACAAACUCCACAUUUACAGCAACACCCGAACCAUCAUCCUCUGCCAAUACAACUGAUAUAACACCACCGCUGACAACCAUUAACCAAACAUUUACCACGACCGUUACAGCACCCACACCUUGUCAAAGCUGUUCAAAUGUAUUUUACUGGAUGACUACAUCUGUAGAGGUAACGGGAACACCCCAAAGUGAACGAAAUGUCACAACACAGCUUGAGGAGCUAUUCAGACGCAAACUAGAUACAUGUGCAAUUCGGGCUGAAAGGUCUAUUUCUGUAAUAUCACUUCCUGACAUGAUCGACGCAAAUUUAACAACUGUGCUUAGCACAACUGUCAGUGAAAGUUCAGUAACAGAAAAACUCAGCCUGUUUGAAGCCAUGGAGCUCACGUGUGAUCAAAAAAAUAUUACAAAGAAUGCACAAUGCUAUAUUCUUCUGAAGCUGAGAGCUCAGCUUGAUAUGUGCUGCAUUAUAAAUACUGUGAUGGAGAUGAACUCGAACAUCAGGGUCCGUGUGGUGGGACAAAUAGAAAGAGUGGGUGUGUGUGCAGAUAACAUUACACAGAUCUCUGCCGGACAAUAUGACAAAUGCAAUCAAUCAUUCAAUUACGAUGUAUGUAGUGCAGAACAACCACAGAACAUCACAUGUGGAAACAGUACAAAUGUGAUUUUUCCUCUUAAUACGGAUGCUCCGGAGGUCUGUCCUACUAGCCCACCAACACCAACAUGUUACUGUUCUUCACACUGCAAUGGCUCAGAUUUUUACUAUUACACUAACAUUUCUUUGAUUGGUGUAAUGGACAACAAAGAAAGCCAAAUUUCUCAUUUUUUGUACUCAGCAUGCCAAAACAUGACAGCUGUUUGUAACAUUUCAAAAACUUUUAUAAGUCACAUUCAGAACAAACGAGUGAUUUGUGAAAACAACGUAAAGAUGCCCUUUUGUAAAAUUAUAGUUAAACUAGACACAGCUAUGGACGUGUGUGAUAUUCGGACGGCUCUAGAGGCCAUCUUACAACCACAUAAUGACUCUGUGAUCUUUGACGGAGUUGUGAGCAGAGUGGCAAUCUGCUAUAAUACUUCUUCGGAUCCUUUACAACAAGCUCUCACAUGGCAGCCAUCUUUGAGUGGAAAUUUCAGUUCUGAAGUCUUCUGUAUGGAGUCAAACCGAGAAAACUUUAAUGAAUACUGCUCAGUGGGCAAUACAGUCAUUCCCCUAAAUGACAGUUGUAAUUUAUUUACAACCCCAGCCCAAAACAUCACCACAACUCCUCCAUCUUUCACAAGUACCUCACUCUCAAACACAACCAUCAACUCUACAGUCAUAGUGGUGUCGACUUCUGUGAAUGUAACAACUUUACCUGUGAAUGUAACAACUUUACCUGUGAAUGUAACAACUUUACCUGUGAAUGUAACAACUUUACCUGCGAAUGUAACAACCUCAGGGACAUUAGAUGCUGAUGAACUGUUGAAGUUGAGUGCGAAUGCCUCAUCUUUAAAUGCCACUCAGGUGGACAAGCUUUUAUCACAACUAGAGUCACUAUUGUCUGGACCCAAUGUCAGCCUGGCUGUGGCAAACACUUCCGUCAAUAUUGUCAACAACCUCCUUGAUGUUCCUGUAGCUGUAAUCACUCCUUUCUCAAAGAGGGCCAUUAAGGUUGUGGACACAGUGGGUCUUAAACUAGUUGUAUCAGGGACGAGUCAGUCAGUGCUUUCACAAUCACUGGCUCUGGGAGUGAAGAAAGUCGAUGGGGCCAACUUUCAGGAGACGUCCUUCUCCUUAGCAGAAUCAUCUAACCUGCAGAUUCGAAGUAACCCCGGUAAGACUGACGCCCAGUCCAGAGACAUUGUGGUUAGGGUUGGGUCCACUCCUCUGGGUUCAGUCACCCUCCCAGCGUCCCUCACGCAGAACCUCACGGCUGAACAGCAGCAGCUCGCAUCCAGAGUCCAGUUCAACUUCUUCCAGAAGAGCACCUUCUUCCAGGACAAAUUACUGGGAAGCCGUAAACUAAACAGUGGGAUUUUGGGUAGCAGUGUGGCUAACCUGAGCAUCUCAGGUCUACAGAAGGAAGUGCUGAUAACCCUGCGAAACACAGAACCCAUUCCGGCUAACUAUGUAGCUUCCUGUGUAUUCUGGGACUUUAGCUUUAAUGGUGGCUCGGGCGGCUGGAAUGCUUCCGGGUGCCGUGUGCUUAACUCUUCUGCUGAAGAAACACAGUGCGCUUGCAAUCACCUUACCAGCUUCGGUAUUCUGCUAGACAUUUCUAAGACUCCCAUCCCUGAAGAGCAUCUCAACAUCCUGACAUACAUUACAUACAUCGGCUGUGGCAUUUCGGCUAUUUUCCUGUCUAUCACCCUGCUCACUUAUCUGGCCUUUGGUAAACUGCGCAAAGACAUCCCGUCCAAGAUCCUUAUUCAGCUGUGUUUGGCAUUGCUGCUGCUCAACCUGGUGUUCCUAUUGGACGCCUGGUUAGCUCUGUACCCAGAUGCCGUGGGUCUUUGCAUCUCCACUGCUUUUUUCCUGCACUACUUUCUUCUGGCGUCUUUUACCUGGAUGGCACUGGAGGCCGUCCACAUGUACCUGGCCAUCGUGAAGGUGUUCAACACCUACAUCUCCCGCUUUAUGGUGAAGAUCGGAUUUGCUGGUUGGGGCAUUCCUCUCAUCGUAGUCAUAAUCGUUAUAGCCAUUAACAAAGACAACUAUGGCCUUGUGACAUAUGGGAGGUAUGCAAAUGGAGUAACAAAUGAUUUUUGCUGGAUCAAAAACGACAUUGUCUUCUAUGUUGCCGUGGUGGGGUACUUCUGUCUCGUCUUCCUGCUGAACUUCGCCAUGUUUAUUGUGGUGAUGAUCCAGCUGUGCCGCAUUAAGAAACAGAACCCUCACAACGUGCAGAAUCGCAGCGGCUGGCACGAGGUGCGCAGUGUAGCUGGACUCACCGUGCUUCUGGGCCUCACCUGGGGCUUCGCUUUCUUCGCCUGGGGUCCUGUUAACCUGGCCUUCAUGUACCUGUUUGCCAUUUUUAACACUUUACAAGGAUUCUUCAUCUUUGUGUUCCAUUGUGCAAUGAAAGAGAACGUCAGACGACAAUGGAGGACAUACCUGUGUUGUGGCAAACUGAGACUGUCAGAAAACUCAGAAUGGAGUCGCACAGCAACUCAGAAGAUAAACAAAGCCUCCAAGGAAAAGAUUUCUUCAUUCCAUUCAUUAAAUUCGAACAAUUCUAGCUUAUCUUUCCUGAACCAUGACAGUUUGGCUGAAAUGCAAAGGGGCAUCGGCAACCCGAUGGACGACAGGAUAAUAACUGCAGCAGAAGAGCCCGUCUCAGGUUCUGACGUGGUAAUGAAUGAGAUCAAUGACCGGUACCGGGGUCAAAGGUCAUACUGAAUGAACUAACCACAGCUGGUGUGAGUGUGUGCGUGCAUGUAUGUGUGUCAUAUGGUCCAGUGAGACACUGUAUUUCACUUAUCUUUUAAGUUUACGUAAAGUAUUGUGUGUUGUAUAUACAACAGAAAAAAUAUAUAUUACUUUAAAUUAAGCACUUUAAUCAUUGCUUUUAAUUAAUGAAGCUACAACCGCAAACCUUUUAAACCAAUAAAAAAACAUAUCCGAUGGUUUAGGGUGACGAGUUUAGUAGAAUUGUGUAUGAAAUUAAAUUAUGUGCUUAUAUUGUUAGGGUUCAAUGACUUAUUUUAUGUAUCUGUGAGUCUGGAAUAUUCAAUUCAAGUAUGUUGUAUGUAUUUAAAUUUUUUAUUUUUAUAGCUUUUCAAAAAUAAUGAAUUGUACACUUAUGAGUAGAACAAAAGAUAUAGAAAUUGUGGUGUGCCUGUCUGAAAUAAGAUUUUUAAGACAUUUAUAGUGUUACAAAAUAUCUAUUUAAAAUAAAUGCUGUUCAUUUGAACUCUCUAUUCA